UUUGAAAUCAUAUGGUAGGAACAUUCCGCGUGCAGACAGGCAUCAUAUAAAUUAUUAUAAUUAUUUUCAAUAACAUUUAAUUAAGAACGCUUAUUCUGAAGGAAAUUUAUUUCUACAAUAUCUUUAUUUGCGAUGGGUGAUCAGACCGGUAUUGAAAAAUCGUGGGACAGUGAUCCUAAAGCGUGGUCCAAACCCAUUAAACCACUGGAGGAGAAGUGGAAAUUAGUGCCGGCAUUUUUGCAAGUUAAAGGCCUUGUGAAGCAACAUAUUGAUUCUUUUAAUCAUUUUGUUAAUGUGGAUAUUAAAAAGAUAGUUGAAGCCAAUCAAACUGUAAUUAGUGAUGCAGACCCGCUUUUUUAUCUAAAAUAUUUAGAUGUACGUGUUGGUACACCUGAUAUUGAAGAUGGUUACAAUAUCACAAAAGCUACUACACCACAUGAAUGUCGAUUGCGUGAUACCACUUACUCGGCACCUAUCACAGUCGAUAUCGAAUAUACGCGUGGAGCGCAGCGUAUCAUCAGAAAUAAUCUAUUAAUAGGUCGAAUGCCGGUGAUGUUGCGAUCCUCGAAUUGUGUGCUAGCGGGCAAAUCCGAAUUUGAACUAGCCAAAAUGAAUGAAUGUCCGCUAGAUCCAGGUGGCUACUUCGUGGUACGUGGACAAGAAAAGGUUAUUCUUAUACAGGAACAGCUAUCAUGGAAUAAAAUGAUUACCGAAGAAUUUAAUGGUACGGUACAAUGUCAAGUGACUUCGUCUACACACGAAAAGAAAUCUCGUACCUUAGUACUGAGUAAGCACGGUAAAUACUAUCUAAAACACAAUUCCAUGACGGAUGACAUACCGAUUGCGGUAAUUUUUAAGGCUAUGGGUGUAACUUCAGAUCAAGAAAUAAUGUGCUUGAUUGGUACAGAUACUGAGACUCAAAAUCGAUUUGCACCCUCUCUUUUGGAGGCAUUUCAGUUGAAAGUGUUCACACAACAACGUGCACUAGAGUAUAUGGGUUCUAAGCUGGUAGUAAAACGUUUUCAAAGUGCAGCGAAUAAAACACCGGCAGAAGAAGCACGAGAAUUGCUUACCACAACCAUACUUGCACAUGUGCCAGUUGAGAAUUUCAACUUUCAAAUUAAAUCGAUUUACGUGUCGUUGAUGGUGCGACGUGUCAUGACUGCGGAACUGGACCCUACUGCCUUUGACGAUCGUGACUACUAUGGCAAUAAACGUUUGGAAUUGGCGGGUUCGUUGAUUUCGCUCAUGUUCGAGGAUCUCUUCAAACGUAUGAAUUGGGAAUUGAAAAUGAUCGCUGACAAGAAUAUACCCAAAGUGAAGGCUGCACAAUUCGAUGUCGUGAAGCAUAUGCGCGCUGCUCAAAUAACCGUGGGCUUAGAAUCGGCCAUUUCAUCCGGCAAUUGGACAAUUAAACGUUUCAAAAUGGAGCGCGCUGGUGUUACACAGGUGCUCUCACGUUUGAGUUACAUUUCGGCGUUAGGUAUGAUGACACGUGUCAACUCGCAGUUUGAGAAAACGCGUAAAGUUUCUGGACCCCGUUCACUACAACCAAGUCAAUGGGGUAUGUUGUGUCCCUCCGAUACGCCAGAAGGUGAAGCUUGUGGUUUGGUUAAGAAUUUAGCCUUAAUGACACAUAUAACGACUGAAGUGGAUGAAGGACCAGUUAUCUGUUUAGCUUUUAAUGCCGGCGUGGAAGAUAUACGCUUAAUUGGUGGAGAUGUGAUCAAUAAUUCCAAAGUUUUCUUGGUAUUUAUAAAUGGUAAUAUUCUUGGCAUAACAAUUAGCUACAAACGGCUGGUGCAAGCUUUUCGUAUGAUGCGUCGUAAAGGUCGACUUGGUCCAUUCGUUUCCAUACACACUUCGCACACGCAGCGUUGUGUGUACAUACACACAGAUGGUGGUCGACUCUGUCGUCCAUAUAUUAUAGUCACUAAUGGCAAACUAGCUGUGGAACAGCGUCACAUUGAAGAACUGAAACGUGGUGUACGUAAAUUUGAGGACUUCCUGCACGAUGGCUUAGUGGAAUACCUUGAUGUGAAUGAAGAAAACGAUUCAUUUAUUGCUUGGAAUGAAGCUGAUAUCACCGCCGACGCCACAACACAUUUGGAAAUAGAACCAUUCACAUUGUUGGGUGUCUGUGCUGGACUUGUACCCUACCCACAUCACAAUCAGAGUCCACGUAACACAUACCAAUGUGCUAUGGGUAAACAGGCGAUGGGCGUGAUUGGCUAUAAUCAGAAAAAUCGUAUCGAUACACUUAUGUAUAAUCUAGUAUAUCCGCAAGCGCCUAUGGUUAAGUCGAAAACUAUUGAAUUGACCGGAUUCGAUAAAUUACCUGCUGGUCAGAAUGCAACUGUGGCGGUCAUGAGUUACUCCGGUUAUGACAUUGAAGAUGCACUCAUCCUCAAUAAAGCGUCUAUAGAUCGCGGUUAUGGGCGCUGUUUGAUAUAUAAGAACUCAAAAUGUACUGUUAAACGAUACGCAAACCAGACAUACGAUCGUAUUAUGGGUCCUGUGAAGGACGCACUCACCAAUAAGGUUAUUUUCAAACACGAUGCAUUGGAUACCGACGGAAUUGUCGCACCCGGCGAAAUGGUUGUAAAUAAACAAAUUUUGAUUAACAAGGAAAUGCCGGCAGUGACCUCUAUUAAUCCGAUAGAGCAGUCUGGUCAAACAUCGCAGAUUCCAUAUACGGCUGUGCCGAUAUCUUAUAAAGGGCCAGAACCUAGUUAUAUCGAAAAGGUAAUGGUAUCAGCAAAUGGCGAAGAAGACUUUCUUAUCAAAAUACUUUUACGCCAAACGCGGCGUCCCGAAAUCGGUGACAAGUUCAGUUCGCGUCACGGUCAAAAGGGCGUUACUGGUUUGAUUGUCGAUCAAGAAGACUUGCCAUUCAACGAUUAUGGCAUAUGCCCCGAUAUGAUUAUGAAUCCACACGGUUUCCCUAGUCGUAUGACAGUUGGUAAAUCGCUUGAAUUGUUGGGUGGAAAGGCCGGUUUAUUAGAGGGCAAGUUCCAUUAUGGCACCGCAUUCGGUGGUUCCAAGUGCAAAGACAUACAAGAUGAACUCUUCAAGCAUGGUUUCAAUUAUAUGGGCAAAGACUACUUCUACUCGGGCAUUACGGGUGAAUCACUGGAGGCUUACAUAUACUCCGGUCCGGUGUAUUAUCAGAAACUGAAGCAUAUGGUGCAAGAUAAAAUGCAUGCGCGUGCACGCGGUCCAAAAGCGGUGCUAACGCGUCAACCCACGCAGGGUCGCAGUCGAGAAGGUGGAUUGCGUUUGGGUGAAAUGGAGCGGGAUUGCUUGAUUUCGUAUGGUGCCAGUAUGUUGAUUAUGGAACGUUUAAUGAUUUCAUCGGAUGCGUUUGAUGUGGAUGUCUGCAAGACUUGCGGCCGUUUGGCAUAUUGUUCGUGGUGCCACUACUGUCAGUCAUCGGCGAAUGUGUCGAAAAUCUCCAUGCCAUACGCCUGUAAGCUACUCUUCCAAGAAUUGACCAGUAUGAAUGUCGUGCCGAAAUUGAAGCUGCAGAAUUAUUAAGUUUUUUUUUUUUAAUUCUAAAUUAAGUGUUUUUUAUGGUUAAUGUUUAAAGUAGAUGUAAGAUAUUUACUUUACUGCGAAAUUACAUUAUAAUUUUAGAGAAUAAUAAUAUUAAAACAUAACAGAAAUAA